AAGGAAGAAGAAGCGGACGUCACAUCGUUUAAAGACAGUAACACACGCGGCUCAGGGCACACAGUGCUAACGUGCUAGUUAUCGAGGAGUAGAAGCGUGUGUGUGUGUGUGUGUGUGUGUGUGAAAAAGAAGUGAAACACUCGACUCGCUGCUGACAUGUCUCUGUUUCUUGUUAACAGAUAUCUUGGGGAGGAAGAAGAUGGAAGCAUCUCAAAAGAAUCUCGGUCUCAGGCAUUAUUGGCAAAACUGCAGCAGAAAGCAAAAGAGAAGCAGCAACAAAGUUUGACAGAACAGCGACAACAACAACUGCCCAAGGAACCAACCCAACAGCAACGUGUCGAAAAGAAAAGAAAAGCUCACAAGGACAGUGGUCAAGAGUUUCUACACCCCAAGAAGAAGAAGAAGAAAGCUAAUGUACAUGAUCUGGACUCUGAAAGCCAUGAUGAGCCUGUUGAACAGAAGAAGAAGAAGAAGAAGAAGAAGAAGAAUGAGGAGGAGACAGAAGAGGAGGAUGUAAAUGAUGGACAGAAUCCUGCAGGAGGACAGGGGGACACAGAGCAAGAAGAAGCAGCAGAGGCAGAAAAUGAGAAAACUGCGGCUCCAGCUGGAUUCAAAGUUGUAGGAGGGUUUGAAAACAGGCCUGUCCAAAAGGUGCACAGAGUCCUGCCUCAGUGGCUCGCUCAGCCUGACGUGAUUCACAGAGACAUUAAAAACAACCUGGUGCCCAUCUCUGACCUCUCUGGACUGUGUUCAGCACUUGUGAAAAGACUGCAAGAAAAUGGAAUUCAACACUUCUUCCCAGUGCAAGCAGAGGUCAUCCCUGCCAUCAUGGAGAACAUGCAGAGAGGACUGCUGAUUGGACGUGGUGGCUACAAGCCCAGAGAUAUCUGUGUGUCUGCACCUACAGGAAGUGGCAAGACGCUAGCAUUCGUCAUACCUGUCAUACAGAUGCUGAUGGAGAGGGUGGUGUGUGAAGUGCGGGCUUUGGCUGUGUUGCCAACCAAGGAGCUGGCUCAGCAGGUUUGCAAGGUGUUCACAUCCUACACCGAGGGAACUGCCCUGAAAGUGGUCAUGCUGGCCGGUCAGAGGUCCUUUGCUGCAGAGCAGGCUUCACUCGCAGAACACAGAGGCGACAGGAGACGCAGUUUAGCAGACAUUGUUGUGGCGACUCCUGGACGACUGGUCGAUCACAUCAACAAGAAUUCAGGCUUAUGUCUCCAGCACCUGAGAUUUCUGAUCAUUGACGAGGCAGACAGGAUGAUUGACAGCAUGCACCAGUCUUGGCUCAGUCAGGUGGUAAAGGCCGUCUACAAAUCAGGAAGUGAACCCAGAGCCAUGUCCAUCUUCAGGAGAACUGAACCAACACAUGUUACAGCAGCCAGUCUGUCUCCACCUCAGAUGCCUCUACAGAAGCUGCUGUUUUCUGCCACACUCACACAGAACCCAGAGAAGCUGCAGCAGCUGGGCCUCCACCAGCCCAGACUCUUCAGUUCUGUCCACAGUGACUCCACCCACAAGCAAGACUGCUUCCACUUCCCCCAAGGUCUGACGGAGUAUUAUGUUCCCUGUAUGUUGAGCAAAAAGCCUCUGCUCCUCCUCCACUUCAUCCUACGAAUGAAGCUCCGCCCCAUCCUCUGUUUCACCAACUCCAGAGAGACUGCACACAGGCUCUUCUUGCUGGUGCAGCUGUUUGGUGGAGUUACUGCUGCAGAGUUCUCCUCUCGUCUCUCUCCUGGCGAGAGGAAGAAGAAGCUGAAGGAGUUUGAACAAGGAAAGAUCCAACUGUUGGUCAGCACAGACGCAGCAGCCAGAGGCAUCGACAUCAACGGCGUGAAGUGUGUGGUGAACUAUGAUGCACCACAGUACGUCAGGACGUAUAUCCACAGAAUUGGAAGAACGGCACGAGCAGGAAAAGCAGGCCUCGCCUUCACCUUUCUACUCGGAGUACAGGAGAAGAGGUUUCUGCAGAUGGUGGUGGAAGCAGGAAGCCCUGGGAUUCAAAAACAGAUCGUCAAACCUGAGAACCUGCGGAGUAUGGAAGCCCGGUUUGAAGUCACCCUGCAGGAGCUGGCUAAGGUUAUAAAGUCUGAGAAAGCCAGAUGAUGAUGAUGAUGAUGAUGAUGGAUCAAUCAUGUGGCAGUUUCCACGUGAAGAUCCCCGCACAUGGGAAUGAGCUGAGACAAUUUAGUGACCAUGCGGACCAAUAAUUAACCGAGGUGUUCAUCUGUGUGAAUAAUGACAACAAAAGCAGUCAUUAAAGACAAACCUUGGUUUAUAGUCCUUAAGAUCAUUUGAAAAAAUAUGGACAAUGUCGAGGACAAAGAACAUCUGUUGGAGAUGAGAGGAUGAGACUGAAGAGACACGUGUUUUAAUUCAGGAGAUGCAGUAAUGCGUCAUCAUGGUAUCUAAGCUGGCCUUAAACCCAGUGGAGCACAACUGAAUUAGCACAUGUGUAUAUAAUGUUAUAUAACAAGUGAAUAUCUGUGAUACUGUGUUUUUGUGAAUGAACGCUGGAUACUGUUGUAUUUUAAUUAUCAAAACUUUUAUUAUCGUUUGCCAAUUUAAAAAAAUCGUGAGAGUAUAAUUUCCAUAAUCGUGGGCGCUUCACACCACAGUAACAUAGUGUAAAGUGAUGACGGUACCUUUAGCUUUACUAUCACUCAUUCAUUUCCUCACAUUCACAAAACUCAGGUUUUAACUGAAGCUUUUAAUAAUUGAAUAUUUUCUAAUUGUUAUAUUAAUGAACAGUUUUCACAAGUAGUAAAAACUAUCACUCACAGGUAUUCCCAUGUCAUGUUAAGUGGCCAACAGUCAAAACAUGAUAUUCAUUAAACCAAGAAAGAAAUGUCA